AUGGAGUUGCUACGUGGUGCCGGCUUUGACAUUACUGCCGGCAACUUCGACAACGUUCAAGCGCUUAAUUGGGUUAUCGAAAAUAAGCACAGAGCCUGCGUACGCCCGUUGCUUGAGAAUUACACGAUCACCCGCGAGAUGGCAAAGCACGUUCAUAAAGUACUGGCAGAAGCAGCUGCAUCCGGGCAGGCCGAAACAGUUCGUCUCCUGCUGGAGGGUGGUGCCAAUCCCAAUGGCCACGAUGCAGAAGAUAGCCCAAUAGACUGGGCCAUCAUGAUAGGGGACCAGGAAAUCGUGCGACUUUUCUUAGACCACGGAGCCGAUGUGAAGUCCUCCCGUGGGGUUUCUCGUUUCUCUACGAUGCACCUUGCGGUUCCAAGCGGGGACGUUAAAAUUGCUCAGUGGCUGAUCGACGCGGGAGUAUCUUAUCAAACCGCCGAUGAACAAGGGCGGCUACCACUACAUCAUGCUGUCGGUUCUGGGCAUCUGGACCUUGUCAGAUUAUUCCUCGAUCACGGCUGCAACCCCAACGCAAUAGACAAUGACGGCUUCACCCCCUUACAUACUGCCGCUCAGCAGGAUCAAGCCCUGAUUGCUGAGUGCUUAAUCGAAAAGGGGGCGGAUAUUGACGCCCGGGAAGCUCUUGGAGGAAGCCCGCUCAAAAUUGCUGCUUUUACCAGAAAUGUGGAGGGUGUUGUUCGGCUAGGUCUUGAUGAUGGCGCAGACAUUCGUACCCCAGGAGAGUCGAGGAAGACUCUUUUGCAUUUCGCGGCAGGCAACGGCCACAAGGAAGUCGUCAAGCUUCUACUAGACAGACAUGCCGAUAUCGAAGCUAGAGAGACGGAGUUCAACAGAACAGCACUACAAAUGGCUGCUGAAAAUGGCCACGAAGAGGUUCUUCAACUCUUAUUAGCGUGUGGUGUCAAAACUAGUGCCAGUGGCGGCUUAUAUGGCACCGCCUUACAGUCUGCUGUUGUAGAGGGCCAUAGCAAGGCGGCCCUCGCGCUUCUAGAUCAUGGGGCCGAUGUAAAUGGUCGCGGAGGGGUUUACGGCACAGCUCUUCAAGCUGCAGCUUGGAAACAUAACGAAGAGCUCCUGAAAAUGUUGCUCGAUCGUGGAGCAGAUGUUGGCAUCAGAGGUGGAGAGUACGGUUCUGCAUUGGGAGCUGCCAGGGCUGCUCUUCUGGAAGACUGGGGCGGGAGCACGUGA